AUGGCAUUAUCAGACGAAGUAAUUUCACGACGACUUCGAGCAGUUGAUCAAACUUCUGAAUCAAUUCAAACUACUUCAAUGUGGAUAUUACAUCAUCGUGACUCAGCUGUAAAAUUUGUCAACUGUUGGAAUGAAGUAUUCAAAACUGCUAAUGAUGUUUUACAAAUAGCUCUGUUUUACGUGGCAAACGAUGUUUGUCAGAAGGCAAAGAAAAAAAACGGUGCGCAUAUUCUGCUGCAAGCUUUUGCGCCUCAUUGGGUGAACGCAAUCUCUUAUUCCAGAGGUAGUGAAAAUGUGCAGAAAGCUGUUAGUCGAAUACUCGACAUAUUCGAAGAACGACAGAUUUAUUCCAAGUCUCAGUUAGCAGAUAUGCGUGCUGCACAAAAUGACAGCAAUGAGUUGGAAGACAAUUCAUUACUCGACUUUGAUAUUAAUUAUUUGAUUCGUGACGUCGAGGGUUACCAUAAAGGAAACUUAGUUAUGGAACGUGCAAGGGAAUUGCUUUCAAGAAGUGAUUUCAAUUUCAAAGAUAAAAUAAUGAGUCGGAUGAAAGAUCGUCGAGAUGGUAUAAAAUUUAUGGAGGAAAUGGAGCAGUCGCAUACAAAACUGAUGGAUUUUUAUGGUGCAUUAGCAAAGCACCGCAAGCGUGGGCAGCAGAUUCUUGGUGAAAUCGAACGAGCUAAGCGUUGUUUCACUUUACAGCUACGAGAUGUCACUGUUGUAGAAGAUCACUUGUUGUGUUAUAUUCAUGAAUAUUUAUUUUGUAAGGCAUACCAGAAAUUUGGUAGUGGUAUUGAUGAAGUGAGUGCUGAAGUAGAAGAAAUGUUGAAAACAGGUGUAUAUCCAGGUGCUUCUCCACCAAGAGAUGCUCCGUCACCUACUGCAAAUGAUGACCCAUUUAGAGAGGGUGUUGAAACAGCAUUUAAACAAAUGAGAGGACCACAGAAUGCAACUCGGGCGCAGUUGCCAUUGCCAAAAUCGUUGCAAUGUAAAGAAGAAUCAGUCGUCACUGCUGAUUCGCUUCAAACUAAUCAGUCGUUCAAGGGUUCUGUACAUAUGCUAAAAAUUAUGGAAGGAAUUCGAGCUAAUGAAACAUCCAAAACAAUGUCAUCGUCAUCAGUCGUCUCUGAUCCACGUCUCGCAUCUCAUUCAUUUUCUUCAAAUGCCGUUUCUUUGUCUAUUCAACAACCCACAACAACUGUUGGUAAUUCGUCUGUGUCUCUCAAGCAGCAAAUUUCUACAUCUAGCCCGACGGUUUCUGGGAUAAAUCGACUGGAGUUAUCCUCACUACAGUAUGUCAACCCUUCAGCAAUUGCACAAGCAGCCACUUCUCAAAAUAAGCAGACUUCACUGCCUAACGGCAGUCUUUCUCAUUGGAUGCAUAACUCGUCUUUAUCUGAUGUUGCACAUAUAUCUAAGAUGAAUGCUGCAAGUGUUUCGAGGACUAUUAGUCCCUCACAAGCAACAGUUAUUUCUAGUCAACACCUUGAUAUCCAGACGAAGAACACAGCUUCAAGAGCUGCUGUUUUCGAAAGACAGUCCUCGUCACUUUCUCAGAUUGAGGCAUCAUCACGAUCGGACGUUGUACCCAUAACGAUGCCACCACCUCCACCACCAAAUGCAUCUUCAUCACAAGCGAUGUCUCUAAUAAGCAGUUUUGCUUCUUCUGGUACACAACCUCACGCUCUAAUACUCGGAAGCUCCACUCCACCACCGUCGGUGAUUCCUUUGUCCUCAAAUUCGUUCAAUAUUCCACCUCCAGUGGCCUUGCCACGUGCAAAUUUAAUUAUACCUCCACCUGGAGUUGUUGAGUGCCCUCUGCCACUUGGAAAUUUUACUCUUGCCUCUAACGUUUCUUCGCCAGCUGGCUCUCAAAUUUCACGAUCACUUCCUUCAUCUUCGCCAUCAAGUUCAAGUACCACUGCGAUGCUCCAAACUAAUGAAAUGGAUUCGGGGAAGAUGCGUACGAAUGGAGGCAACAGUAAUGUUGAUUCAAUGAAACAAGAUAACGGCGACGUUCGGAAUGAAUCGAAAAAAAGUUUCGAUAAUUAUAAUUCUGCAUCAGAAAAACAUGGAGACCAUCGAUUAUAUAGUGGAUUGCGUUGUGAAAUUGGCGGCUACAUAAAUCGAGAAAAUCUGCGGGGACGAGAUCGUGAUCGUGAUCGUGAACGUAAUGAUAAUAGGGGAUUGUUGCAAUCAUAUGAUGAUGCUGGUAGGCGUUAUUCUACUGAUAAUCGUAGUCGUAUGUUUCGUUACAGAGAUUAUGAGAAUGAUCGUCGCAGUCGACGGUACGAAACGCUACACAGUGAUUUGAGUCGCAAUCGUCGAUAA